AUGCAAGCAUGCAUACCUUCACAGGUUUGGGGCAACUACAACUUCGGUUACGACGAGAAACACGCCACGGGCGGAUCCUGGCGCAAGGAGUCAAGCGAUGCCUCUGGCAACACAGUGGGCUCGUACGGCCUCUAUGAUGCUGAUGGCCGAGUCCGCAUUGUGAAUUACAUCGCCGACAAGUUCGGCUUCCGCGCAAUGGUGGCCACCAACGAGCACGGCACCGCCGCUUCCAGCCCAGCUGGCGUGGGUAUCAACGCUCCGAUGGGACCCAUAGGACUUCACAUCGAUGACGAAGACAACGGUGGAGCAGAGAAUGCCUUUGAAGCCACGGCGCCGGUCGCAUUCUUUGCUCCCGCUCCAGUUGCUGGUCCGGCCUUUAAGUUGUCGCCUGUUGCGUCUUUCAAGCGGCUGCCGCGGCCUUCGGGGUAACC